GCUGCGCUGGCUGUCUGCACUGCAGUGUGAGAGAAAGCUGUGGACGGGAAGCUGCAUCACACAGAAUGAUUGACAGCAUGGCGACAAAAAGCCACCCAGAAGCCCAGCUAGCCCUGCCUGCACGAACAGCAUUAUUCCAACAGAAGGAUGGUAAAACAUACAGAAUUCCUGCUCUAAUAUACAUCAGUGAUGGUCAGACUUUCCUUGCCUUUGCUGAAGAGCGCAGCACUCCAUGUGACAGUGAUGCAAAGGUGUUGGUCAUGAGGAGAGGAUCACUACAAAAUGGAUCCCUUAAAUGGUCUCCUGCCCAAACACUCUCUUCUGCAUGUUUGCCGGAUCAUCGCACCAUGAAUCCUUGUCCAGUCUAUGAGAGGAAAUCCAAAACCAUCUAUCUGUUCUUUGUCUGCAUAUUGGGCAAUGCCUCAGAGUAUGACCAGAUUUCUACGGGUAGAAACCAAGCACGGCUGUGUUAUGUCACUAGUACAGACUAUGGCCAAAACUGGAGCCAGUCAACAGAUUUAACAAAUAGUGUUAUUGGAGAUGACAUUUGCAACUGGGCUACUUUUGCAGUUGGACCAGGACAUGGUAUUCAGAUGAAAAGUGGAAGACUUAUCAUUCCAGCUUAUGUUUAUUACAUACAUUGUAGGUGUUGUCCCUUUAAUUUAAUGCUCUUUAAUCAAUUCAAAGUCAAGCCUCAUGCUCUAUCGUUCUAUAGUAAUGACUGCGGUAUCACUUGGCAGAUGGGAGAAAAAAUUCCAAUGGAAUCCUGCGAAUGUGAGAUGGCUGAGAUCAUAGACCACGCUGAUAAGAGUCAUUUGUACUGCAACGCCCGUAGUACACAUGGCUACAGAGUGGAAGCUUUAAGUGCGAGCAGUGGGACACAUUUUGACAACCCUCAUGUUGCUCAGAAACUCGUGGAGCCCUAUCGUGGCUGCCAGGGUAGUGUGUUGAGCUUCCCUGUGCCCGAGCCAUCAGAUGAAGCGGAGAAGAACCCAAAUGACUGCUUGAUACAGUCAGACACCAAAACGUGGUUACUCUAUUCCCAUCCAACUAAUAAAAAGAAAAGGAAGGAUCUUGGAGUUUACUUGAAUAAAUCUCCCUUAAAAACAUCCGGUUGGGGCCGACCAUGGAUCGUCCAUAAGGGUCCCAGUGGAUAUUCAGAUUUAACACAGUGUGGGGAGCAAUUUGCCUGCCUCAUGGAGUGUGGAGAGAAAAGUGAGAUUGAGGAAAUAGCCUUCGUGGAAUUUAAACUCAGCGAUUUAAUGUGCUCUUGAAAUGAUAAAAGAGUACUUACUGUGGGAUCUUUUAAAGGAAUAGUUCAUCCCAAAAUAUAUGUUGGCUUAAAGUGUACUCAUCCUCGGGCCAUCCAAGAUGUGGAUUAAUUUGUUACUUUGUCGGAACAGAUUUGAAAAAAAAAAAAACUGCAUUCUAUCACUUGCUCACCAAUGAAUCCUCUGCAGUGAAUGGGUGCCAUCAAAAUGAGAAUUCAAACAGCUGAUAAAAAUAUCACAAAUCCACAUGACACCAAUCCAUCAGUUAACAUUUUGUGAACCAAAAAGCUGUGUUUGUAAUAAACGAAUUCCUUAUUAAGAUGUUUUUAACUUCAGUCAUUUUGACUGAAUCAUAAGAGAAAUGUGCACAAAUCCGAUUCUAAAUAAAUAUUUGAAUGCUCUUAUCAGCUAGUUGGACUCUUAUUCUGACGGCACCUACGUAUUCACUGCAGAGGAUCCAUUGGUGAAUGAUUGAUGUAAUUCUAAAUUUCUCCAAAUCUGUUGCAAUAAAGAAACAAGUUCAUCUAAAUCUUGAGGUCAAGGGUGAGUACUUUUUCUGCUAAUUUCAAUUUUUGUGUGAACUAUACCUUUAAUGUUUGCUUUUGGGUUAGAUUGGCAUCUUUCUGACAGAUUAAACAGGAGAGAAAGCUUUAUAUUGAAUUCGGAUAAAUUUAUCUGAGGUGAAUUUACUGCAUCUCUUGAAAUGAUGAAACCGUUAUACAAUAUGUAAGGAAUGCUUUACCCAGUAUUUGUUCAUUUAUAGUAAGAAAAUUCCUACUACCCGUAUUUUUCGGACUAUAAGUCGCACCUGAGUAUAAGUCGCGUCAGUCCAAAAAUACGUCAUGAUGAGGGAAAAAACAUAUAAAAGUUGCACUGGACUGUAAGUUGCAUUUAUUUAGAACCAAGAACCAAGAGAACACAUUACCGUCUACAGCCACGAGAGGGCGCUCUAUGUCUUCAGUGUAGACUACAGGAGCACUGAGCAGCAUAGAGCGCCCUCUCGCGGCUGGAGACGGUAAUGUUGUCUCUUGGUUCAUUUCUCUCGGUUCAUGUCAAAUUAAUUUUGAUAAAUAAGUCGCACCUGACUAUAAGUCGCAGGACCAGCCAAACUAUGAAAAAAAGUGUGACUUAUAGUCUGGAAAAUACGGUAUAUGCUUGUUGACCUUAAUAGUAGGACUUUGUAUGUCACUGCUCAUUUAUAUGUCAUGUAGACUCUUUGCUUUUAACCUCUGAUUGUGUAGACUUUUUGAUUUUAUUUUGUUCUUAGUUGCACUGUAAAAAUGUUAUAAUCAA